ACAGAAAACACGCUUCCGAAUUUCACAACCAAAUUUCUAACAGAACCUCUCUCUUUCUCUCGCUCUAGAUUUUAGUGAGAGAAAAUCGAAAAUGGACGCCAUUGACUCAGUUGUGGAUCCUCUCAGAGAGUUCGCUAAGGACAGCGCUCGGCUCGUCAAGAGGUGCCACAAGCCUGAUCGCAAAGAAUUCUCAAAGGUGGCGUUGCGUACAGCGAUCGGGUUUGUUGUGAUGGGAUUCGUUGGGUUUUUCGUGAAGCUCAUCUUCAUUCCCAUCAACAACAUCAUCGUCGGAUCUGUUUAGGUCAUUCCUCAAGUUGAGUUUGAUAGAGGCUAGAUGAUGCAGGCAACAACAUCAACAUGUCCCUCAAAGGGAAAGCAAUAGUUAUGCAAUUCUUAUUUGGCUCCUUUUAGUAUCUUCUGUAACACUUGAGAACUACAAUUUUCAUGAUUACGACAACAUUUCCAUGUUUCUUUGUUUUAUUUAUACAUUAUGAUCCUAAUCUUCUA